UUGGCCGUGUUGAUAGCCGAAGUAGUGGUACUCUACCUUUAUAGAUACUCUCCUCAAAAUAAAACACAAAGAGUCAAGACUGACACCUCGCCUUGCGCUAGCGAUUUUCUAAAAACUUUAACUCAGACAGAAAUCCCACCAUGUCACAGAAGUUGCCUGCAGAUUCUGUGAAAGAAAUGGGACCAGAUGAUGUCACCAAACCAGCCAUCCGCAAUGCGGUUUGGAAGUACAUCGAAGAAUGCGACCUAGCCGACUUUCCUCGGCCGGUCAAUAGGAGGAUACCCAAUGUUAAGGGUGCUGCCACUGCGGCAGAACUUAUACCUACAAUGCAGGAAUUCAAGAAAGCCCAGGUGAUCAAGAUUAAUCCAGAUAAGCCCCAGGAACAGGCUCGAUUCUUGACCCUCGAUGCUGGUAAGACCUUAUUGGUUCCAACACCACGUCUCAGAUCUGGGCUAUUCAACAAGAUUACCCCACCCACUGGGGCUACAAAGGACAUCUUGAGGAUAUGCUCGACUUCUCAGGGUGUACGAGAGUACAGCUCUACCUUGAGUCUCGAUGAUAAAAUGCAAGUGGAUUUGGUCAUCAUAGGAUCUGUUGCUGUCUCCAAGACAGGACUUCGUAUUGGUAAGGGUGAAGGAUUUGCCGACCUAGAGUGGGCUAUGAUGUCAUCAAUGGGAGCAGUUACCCAGGAUACUGUCGUCAUAACAACUGUGCAUGAAUGUCAGAUUGUUGAUAUUCCGGAGAAGUUGAUUGAGGAUCAUGACCUGACUGUAGACUACAUCGUCACUCCACUAGAAAUCAUCAAGUGUAACACAUCCGGGAAAAAGCCAGCUGGAAUUAUCUGGUCUAAACUGGAGCCUGGCAAGCUAAAGAGAGUUCCAAUCCUGCGUAAGUUAUGGCAGGCCGAGAAAGAUGCCGGUAAAGACGUGACACUGAAGGACGGUCAAGAGUUUGACAUGGAGGCUGCGGAGAAAGAAGAUGCAGAGCGCGAGGAGCGUAGACAGCAACGUGAGGGGGAAGAAGGUGGAGACGGCAGACGUAGAAGAUACCGCAGAAGGUUUGGUGGUGGCGGCAGGUUUAGUGGUCGUGGACGCGGUAGAGGUCGUGGACGUGGCCGACCAAUUAGUCGGGAGAGGACCGAGUCUGAAGGUGGAGAGGGUACAGAUGGUGAGAGACAAGAGAAAGGGGCAGGAGAGGGAAGUGGAGAUAGACCUCAACGUAGAAGGCAGCGUAGAUUCAGGAGACGUCCCAACCCAAGACGUUCAAAGGAGUCUGAAGGUGAGGCUGAUGGAAGUGGUGAUGCUGCUGACAGGGAUCGUACCGAGUCAGAGGGCGAGGGCAAAGAAAACAGGCGCCGCCCACAGAGGAGGUUCCGCCCACGACGUGGUCGCCAGCCUGCACUGUUUGUGGGAGGUUUACCAAGGUCCCUCAGAGUAAGCACUUUCAAGACAGAGGUGCGCGGACGCGAUGUUGAUCCACUCAGGGUGAUCUGGCACGGCGGUAAUGGUCACGCUUUCCUUCAGUUUGAAAACAGCGACCUGAUGGAGACGGCCCUACAAGCUCUUGACGACCUGAACAUCAACGGGAAGAAGUUACGCGUUGAAGAGGCUAAAGGUCGUCCUCCACGUGGAGGGGAACGAGAAAACCAGAGUGAUGAAGUGAAGGCCGAGGCCGACACCAAUGCCGAAUAAGGCAUUUCACCAAAGAUUUAGUGCAGAUUUACUCGGCAUUUAUAUCUGUAUUUUUUGGUUCCGGGAUCUGCUGAAAUAUUAUAUGCUUGUGAUUAAUGUAUGACAGUUCUGAUUGUACUACCAAUGUUUGCUGUUUUGAUUUGUGUACAGACAAUGAAAAACCCCCUUCCACACAUGUAGUGACAUUUUUCUUGAGUAUACCAUGUCGGCAUCGGGCAGCUGUAGUAUCGCUCUAGCUAUGAUCAUAAUUUUCUCCUCCAAAGUUAAAUACUGCAGGCUGUCUUUUCUGCUCAGUUUGGCCAGAGUGCAGAAAAGACGUAGUUGUUUAAAAUGAAAAGAGAAGAUGUUUGUAAGUUAAAAUACGUCAAAAAUGAAGAAAGCCAUGAGUUCGUUUUCUUACACAGUUGAAAUGUUAAUGGUUAAAGUUAAGAAGAUUUUGUUGGACUUGUUAAAGAUUGUUGAUUUUAAUUCUAUUUUCUACGAACUUGUUGAAAAAAAAAAAAUACAAAAAAAAAAAUACCCAAAACACUACUGGUAUAAAAAAAAAAAAAUCCUUGAAAAACUGCUAAAGAAAAAAUAAUAUGAGAACAUUUUUUUUUCCCUUUGUUUAUAAUGAUAAUGAUGGAGUCACAAACCAUGAAUAUGUCUUAAUUUGAAAUGUAGUUUAUUAUAUUUCUUUAUUCAGUGUCAAUCAGGGAUAUGGGUACAAUGUCCUAUUAUAUUUCAAUAUGAAGAAUGUGUACAGAAUGUUCACUAUUAUAUUAUUAUAGCAAAAAUAAAUGCAUAUUUCCUGGAGCACAUAUUCUUUUUUUUUUUUUUUUUUUGGGUGAAUUUAAUUUAUUUGACGAUUUUAAUUUGUCCUGAGGACUUUUUUUUAUUAUUAUUUAUUUUAUUACUUUUUUUUAUUAUUUUUGAAUUAAAUGGAGCUCAAGAAGAGAUUAUGUGAUUGUUUUAUAUAUAAAUUAAAAAAAGAAAGAAAGGGAAUACAGAUACAGGUCAAGGCUUUUCUAUAUAUAUAUAUUUGUUAAUGGUAGAAAGAAAGAAAAUAUUUAACCUGGCUUAUUUACCAGGCAAAUAGUUAUAACAGUGAGCAGAUAUAAGUAUUUUCUACAUAAAAAAAGCAGUGAAUUGUAUUUUCUACAUCAAAAAAGAAUUGCAGGAAAAACCUUGUUUAUGAAUUUUGUCUGUGUUCGAUAGACGUUUUAAUUUAUGUGUUCAAAUAUUUUAAUGUAGGAAUAUAUUGCAUUUAUUUAUUGAUAUUAUAAAACAACUUUAGGUGUAAGCAAUAUUUGACAACUUUUCACUCAGAUAUAUAUAAUUCUCUAACUAUGCAAGUUGCGACACAAAUUUUUUUUGUUUUUUUUUUUAAAACCCAUGUUUCAUACAUACUUUAAUGCUUCUAUACUUCUGUUUUGAAUGUCUUGUGUUUUUGGUUUUUUUUUAAACAGCCCUUGAUGGUUUAGAAAAAAAUUUUGAGCCAUAGAGAAAAGGUCAAAGGUUUACACAGCGAAAUAGGUUAAAUUUUAGUUCAGAAUAUUUAUUUGAUUGUAGCUUUGUUAAAUUUUGUCUGUCAAAUUUGUUUUUUGGCAUCAUAACUUAAAUUGCAUCAUACCAUAUAUUCUGUAAUAAAUGCCCCUGUUAUGUGUUCUUAAAUGGGAAAAAAAAAGGGUUAGAUAUUGUGAAAGUGAAGAUGAUAUUUGCUGUGUGGUAUUUUCUGCUUGAUUGGAAACACCAGCUUUGUUUAAAUGUUUUCCUGGAUUGAUAACUAGAUGUUAUUGUAAUGGUAACUCAGUUUUUGUUUUAUGUCAAAAUUUAGCAGAAGGGUUUAUUAGAGAUUAUAUGGUAUUCAUUUAAAUGUGAACAUUUUUUUUUCUGUAGGAGCUCCGAUUUCUUAUUAUUUUCCAUAAAUUAGAUAUUUAAGCAUAAAUGGCAAAUUCUUAAGACAUUAAGUCAUAUAGAAAAUAAAUGUAUUAUUUUAUCCUUUUGUCUGAGGAUUGGCUAAAACUUACACUUUUUUUGCAAUAUGUUAAACAUGGUAUUUGUAUUUAUUUGUUUCUUGUGCAUAUCAUUUUAUCCCUCAUUCAUACUUAAACCUUGACUUUGCGAAUCUGUACUUUUGUUUGAAUGUUUGAAUUUGUUUCCAAUGAUUAGGUAUUUUUGUUGUUCUGUUUUUUUUGUUUUAUAUAAAGAAUAAGGCCAUUCCUUUGGUUGUAAGGUAAUCUAAGUAAAUCCAAGAAACAAACAAGUGUGCUUGAACAGGUGCUCUCUCAAAAGUUUUUGGACAAAAAUUUCUUGCUGAAUAACUAGUUACAUAAUUAAACUCCUUUUCAGUGAUAAAGAGAAAGAUGUGAAGGGGUUUUUUUUUUUUUGGGGGGGGGGGGGGGGGGGGUUUCAUGCAAUUUGUUCCUUAAACUCAUUUUUAAAAGAAGUUUUCAGACAGAAUAUUUUGACUACAAACUUUUGAAGAACAACUUGUCAAAAUUUCGUAUUUAUUAUUUUAUUUUUUAUGCUUAUUUUUUUUUCUUCGUACAGAAGUUAAUACUUAAUUUGAAGUCCAUCCCAUGAAAAGACUUUUUUUUUUUUAAUUGUUUAUGUUUGUGUUUCUAUAUGAUUGAUUUGAUAUUUAUGUGUGAAUGAAAUGCUUCUUGGACUUGUCAUCUGUUUAUCCUCUUUUAUGAUGGUGAUGAAAUUAUUUCUAAAUUACAAUAUUUGUUGGCGUUUUUUUUUAUGUUUUUUUUUUUUUCUUACUUGAAUUGCAAUAUUUGAAUUGUUGAAAAUGUUGUGAAUUCAGACUUUCCUUACAAUGAAAUUCAAGGAAUUCAUAUUUUGAAGAUGAAAGAUUUGUCUGAAAAAAAAAAAAAAAUUAGAAUUGUACAGAAAUUAUUUCCGUCAUCAUAAAGUGUUUUUUUCAUUAUCUACAUACGUUCGUAUCUGUAAUCACAAGUAUUUUAGGUAAAAAAAAUUAAAACAUAUUUUCAUGA